AGAAAAUUUGGUAAUUGUCAUUUUGAAAUUAAUAAUGGAGAAUAAGAACGGAGGACAAAAAAGGUUGGCAGUACUAGUAGGGUGCAACUAUCCAAACACCCGAAAUGAGUUGCAUGGCUGCAUCAACGAUGUGCUUGCCAUGCAAGACAUGCUCCUGAAUCGGUUUGGGUUCCAACUAGGUGACAUCGAACUCUUGAUCGACGAUGCGCCAGGCCCCACCAUCAUGCCCACUGGCACAAACAUUAAAGCAGCACUAGAUCGGAUGGUGGACCAGGCCCAGUCAAAAGACGUCCUCUUCUUCCACUAUAGUGGCCACGGCACGCUAAUCCCAUCGUUGAAGCGAGGCCAUCCCUUCCGCCACGAAGAAGCCAUCGUGCCUUGUGAUUUUAACCUCAUUACUGAUUUGGACUUCAGGCAGCUGGUCAACCGUCUCCCUGAAGGAGUCAGCUUCACCAUGGUCUCCGAUUCCUGCCACAGCGGCGGCCUCAUCGACAAAGAGAAAGAGCAAAUCGGACCCUCCACCUUCACCUCCUCCUCCGCCGCUCCGCCGCCACCCCACCAGCUAUCUCUCUCCAAACUCAGAACCAUCCCCUUCGACGCUAUCCUCAACCACCUCGCAUCCCUCACCAACAUCAACACCCCCGAUAUCGGCACCCACCUCCUCCAGCUCUUCGGCUCCGACGCCAGCCCUCGGUUCCGCCUGCCGCCGUUCGAAGCGGAGGAUUUGCUCACCGCUCGGCUCCGCCCCGACGCCGGGAUCUUGCUCAGCGGCUGCCAGGCGGAGGAGACUUCGGCGGACGUCACGGCGGAUCCCGGCGGGGGGAGGAAGGCGUGCGGAGCGUUCAGCAACGCGGUUCAGAGCGCGUUGAAGGAGCACGCGGAGAAGCUCAGCAACAGGGAGGUAGUGAUGAUGGCGAGGAAGGUCUUGGAGGUGGAAGGAUUUGAGGGGCAGCAUCCUUGCCUUUAUUGCAGCGAUGAGAAUGCGGAUGCGGUUUUCUUGUCGCAGCCUGAUGGAUGCGCGAGUGAUCAGUGAGACGUGGCGUAUGGUGAUUGAUCGAGUUCUAUGAAUAAGAAUGGCUUGUGAAAUUUUAUUAAUAAAUUAGGAUGGAUGAUAUGUCAUUCAUUGUGUUCUUAAUUUUUUACGGGAGAAAGGAUUGGAAAUAGUAUUUAUUU